AGUGAGAAUCCCUGAUGUUUCGCACGCAUAAGGAUGACCAAAUAACGCUAGGAUUUCAUUGACUUUGUAAGUACACGUCUGUGCCAUAGCGUUAAGAAGCCUCUUUGGUUUUAUUGAGGUUCUUCGUCAGUUUUGAGCCAUCGCUGCUUGGACGAAGCUUCUGGUUGUUGUGAAGUUUGCGAAGCAAAUAUCUCCAUCUCAUUCCGCUAAGUGGUAUCGAGUGAAUAUGUGACUAUUUGGUUAAGACAUGAAACGUCGGACGUCAUCACAGAACUCUGGCGUUGGAGGCAGUCCAAGCAGUGAUUGUGACAUCAUGGCCUCAGAAUCCCCAGAUGCUACAUCCGCUAGUGAGCCAUCAGAAGCAGGAGAAGGGUGUUCAGGGAAAAAGAAGUCCAAAUUCCAGACAUUCAAGAAUUUUUUUGUGAAGAAAAAGAGGAAGGAAAGUCCACCUCCAUCUGGAGAAAUUGUUUUGAAGGGCAGUCAUUCAAGUUAUGACGUCAACAACGUAGAGCCACCUAUCACCCCCACUAUCAUUAACAAUGAACUGGGAUCCAAGAUCAACAUGGGAAACAAGGCCGUGUCACAUGACAGCGUCUUCGUCUCUGAUUCGCCCUCAUCAGAGACUAAUGAGGCUUUGGGGGAAUCACAGGACAGCAUUCACGGAAAAGUAAAAUCUAUACAGCUGCAGCUGAAGCAUACGAUCGGACUGGGCUCGCCGCCGGGACUCUACGGAAGGAAAGGUGAGGACGCUGGUACUCUUUCUGAGGAUGAUGGUCUUCCCUACAGCCCUCUGGAAUACUCCAGCCUCCACAAUGUGCUGGCCACCCCUCCUCAGUCGGCAGAGUUGAGCCAGAGGGGCAGUACCUUGAGCAUGGAGGCAUCAGACAGCGAAGAUGAUCAGAUGUCUUUUGAAGCUUCAUCGAGGCCUGCCACCCCUCAGGGGUUCAUCCCUGUAGACUUCAGUCUGCCAGCCAGCCCCUUCUCAUGCUUGGACAGCUCAGCUGCCCGUCACCGCAUUGCCGUCAAUGCCAAGGCCUGUGCCAAAAGAAAGCCUGUCAGCAGGCAGAUGUUGGACACCAAGAGAAAAGACCUCAGAGAACGAGUGUUGCUGAGAGACAAAGUACGGUUGGUUAAGAGAAUUACAGAAGAGGAAAAUGAUUAUUUGCCCGAGGAGCAGGGUAAUGGUAUAGACCAUGAGAUUCGGGAGUUGAAAACGUUGUCCUUUGCUUCCGAACACGAGGAUGAGGAAGUGCCUGACUCCGGCCAGGGUCAAAAACCAUCUCCAACAUCCUCCAUCUCAGCUGGAGACUUCUCUGAAGGAGAGGAGCUUUUUCCUGACGAAGAUCACGUCAACAAGUCGGAGGUCCCAGAGUCCCCUUGGGAGAAUCCAGUAACACUUGAGCUGCAGGCUGAUGACUUCCUGCUGGACGCAGGAUGUGAGGUCGCUCCUGAGGAGCAGGGGUCAUUGCUUGAGGAAGUGCUGAGCUCCCUGAAGGGCCCUCUUGCGUCGGGACUAGUGCUGGAGCAUGAGAACAUAGUUCUUCAGUGUGAGGUUUCAGAUAUAAAUAGUGGGAGUUUAGUUGCUCAGAUAAAAGAGGAAGCCAAUAAGCAUCUUCUUGAUCAAUUGGAGCCUAUCACGACCACAAAGGAACAGGUUCCUCCACCCGAUUUGCUUUCAGAAUCCACUACAGAUUCAGAAGAGAUCUCCGAAGAGGACUUGGAGCUAUUGGAUCAGCUAUUAGAGCUGCCAGAGUUUUCCCAAAACGUGUCUACUGAUGAAGAUCGUCAAGUGCCUGAAGCCAACGUUGAGAAAGAAGCAGGCAAUGCCGAGCAUGCCAAAGAGGAAGAAGGAAAGACAGAGUUUCAAGAGGAGUUGAUUGAGAAGGCUGAUACGUCAAGAGCUUUUGCAGUGAAUUUGAAGGAAAGGGGUGAAGAUAAGGAAGAGGAAUCUGUUGUUGAGGAAAAAGCAGAAUUGGAGAGAGCAACCAAAGUUGGUGAAGAUGAAGAUGAGAAAGAUGACUUGAUGGUGGUGGAACUGGAGAGAAAAGAUAAGGCUACUAAUGUGGGAGAAUCUCAAGACAUUAGAGGUCAGAUGGGUCCUUUAGAGCUAGAGAAAGAAGAGACUUCAGGUAACAAAAGAGACUCAAUGACAAUUGAUGUUGAACAUUUUGCUACAUCAGAUCAGACAGUCAGAGCCAAUGCAUUGAACUCAAAAGGGACCCCUGAUGAGUUUGAAGAGCAGCCUGUUGAGGUAUUUUUCUCUACUUUGUCUCAUGUCCUGGAGAGUCCGAUUAUUCCUUCUCAAUUCUCCAAUACAACAAUGCAUACUCCAGAGAAGGAAGUGGAGCCUGCGCCAAACAAACAGCAAGUUGCGUCUAGUAGGCCUCAAGAGGUGUCUUCUGAAAAGCUUGAGGUAGUUUCUGAUCAGCAAGAAUUUCCAGAUUCACCCAAGAAACAACAGGCAAGCACCCCUGAGGGUCGACCUCAGUUCACCAUUGCCCCUGCAUGGCAACGAUCAUUGGUUUCUGGCAUUGCCAAAGAGCAACCCCAGAUCAUCUCGCAGUCUGUACCUGAGACUGAAGCAACUAUUUUAUCAAGUACAAAUGAUCUCCCCCCAAAAACUGAGUUCCUUAAGCCUGUAAAUCAAGAAGAAUCCUCCAAUCCAGCCCAAACUCAGAGUUCCCCAGUUCUUCUCAAGCAGAAAGUGAUGUCUCACGUUCAAGAAGAGAUGACCCCAGAGAACCCUUUUGGAGUGCGGUUGAGAAGGACAGCAGCUCUCCAGCGUUAUGGUAUAGAUGGAGAAUUGCCUUCGAUACCCACACAAACAGAGUCUUCGGAGGCACAAGCAAUCCCAGACAUUGACCAACAUGGCAAGAAGCCCAUCUUGCCCAAGAAACCAGAGCUGCUUGUUGAAACUGUGAUGUUGGCCAAGAAAAUCCCAGAAACAGUGGGUAGAAUAUCUGUUGGUGAAACAGGGUCUCCGAGCUGGAUAUCUGUGGCCAGGCAGAAACAGAGGAACUACAUUGAAAACUCCCUAGAGACCUCUCCAGAAAAACUUUCUUCACAGGAGGAAGUCAAAAGUCAGAGUUCACUCCCCAGCUUGUCGAAUUCAAUCGCCAAAGAGCAACUUACACAGCCAUGUUCAACUAUAAAGGUGUCUUGCUCACUUGAGAUAUCCAACACGUCCAUGAUGGAGAAGGAUAGUAAGAGACUUCCUAGCCCAUCCACUGCUCCUUUAUCCCAGGAUGAGCCCCCUUGGCUGGCCUUAGCCAAAAAGAAGGCCAAAGCUUGGAGUGAAAUGCCCCAGAUUGUUCAGUGAAUGGCCCAGUUGGUAUACAGGCUUCAUAAACACACACUUCAUAACCUUUCCCAAUACACUUCAGUGGCUUUCUCUUCUAUAUCUUUGUUACACUGCAGUAAUGGAUGUGAGCAGUUAUUGGACACAUAUACAGCCUAGUUUUGCUUAAUCAGAGCUUGCCUGAUGUAAUUAAAAGAAUAGACCUUAUUCAUGCUUAUUCAUGUUAUGCAGGCUGUGAGGGAUAGACGUACCAUCUCUUCAAUGGCACGAACAGUACAAAACUGUGUAAAGCUCUUAGAUCACAUCAGAUUUUCCACAACUCAUGUUGGCUUAAGUUUUUUGUCCACUGAGAAUUUUUUCAAUGUUUUGUCCACGGAACGAUCCAAAAACAUUUUAAACUGUAGUACAGGCCAUUAAAGAGACUGUAAGUCUAUCCCUCACAGCCUCGUUGUCAUUCCCAUUAAAAAUCAAAGAUGGCGCUAGCGUGAAUAAGGUCUGUAGUUCACCCAAAAAAUGUAAAUUCUGUCAUCAUUUACUCACCCUCAUAUAGUUCAAAACCUGUAUUACUUUCUGCUUUGAAACAUAAAAAGAGAUGUUAGGCAAAAUAUUUGCUUCGGUCACCAUUCACUUUCAUUGCGUCUUUUUUUCCAUGCAAUGAUUGGAUGAGUGGUGACUGAAGCAAACAUCUCCUUUUGUGUUCCACAGAAGAAAGUCAAAUGAGUUUAGAAUAACAUGAGGGUGAGUAAAGAACAGAAUUUUUAUUUUUGGUUAACUAUUCCUGUUCCAAUGUAAUGGAAAUGGAAAAGGAAAUGGAAAAUGACUGGGGCUUAUGGGUAAUGCAUUCUAUCUGUAUCAUGAUUUGGUGUACAAUGGAAAUACACAUAAAUAGGCUAUGAUGUAAUACAGAUCUGUGUUCGUAAUUCAAUUGGACUGUUUCAGACUGAAAGAGAGAAAAAAAAGUUUUGUUACCAAAAAACUGCACUCCUGUUCAGCCUGAAAAACAACAUGUGAACGUUAUGAACCACCAUCAAAGCUGUAUUUUUAUUCAGGCUCUUUACUAUGUAACUUUGGUAUGUUAUAGUAUAGCCUUUAAACAUAAUAAUGACACGGUUAUCAUAAUGGAGCCGAAGGUGUCUUUGUAUUUAUUUAUCUCACUCUUGUAUGUUUUAUGGAUUUUUGAUCUAUUUUUGUAUUUACGUUCACAGUUUUGUGACUUGUACAUAACAUGUGAAGUACCAAAAAAAAGAAAAAUAAUAAAAUGGAGUCAUGUUUAUUUGAUCUGUCAACCAACACAAUGUCACAUUUUCUAAUCUAGUAUCUUUAAACUGAUUAAUAUUUUACAUUGACAUCAUUCCAUUAAUUUUCCAAUUCUUAUGCAUUGUAAAAAAGUUUAAUUGUUGCUAUCAGUCAGACACAUGGCCAAAAGCAUGGACACCCAAACACCACACCCGUAUGUACUUGCUAAACAUAUUCAUUUCAAAACCAUGGGCAUGAAUUAGGAGCUGGUCUUCUACUUGCAAUGCUAAUUAAACCUUUUCCCUAAAAACGAGUCCCUGAUGUGAAGAAUUUAUUUAAGGUGACAUUGGAUCCUGUGUUUAGUUAUGGAGCAUCUGCUUUAGUUAGUAUGCAAGUAUACUUGGGGAACUAAAGAAGAGAACUGUCAUCCGCAAACAGAAAAUGUAUGAUCCCAUUGAUGUCAGCUGUAUGAGCGCUAGCUCCAAAUGACCUAUGAAACAUUUUCCCAGGGAACUUUCAGCAAUCAAUUUCUUUAAACACCCCUCCAUGCCCAGUGAUAUGCUUAAAGAAUACGAAUCGCCAAAAACAAAAGAACUCUUUAGGAGAAAAGAGUGCUUAGGUGGGCUGGUGAUAGUAAAAAAUGUAUAAUAAAAAAAAAUCAUUUGAAUAUUGAUGUGUUUCUUGCCCACACCUAUCAUAUCACUUCUGAAGUCAUGGAUUUAACCACUGGAGUUGUAUGGAUAAUCUUUGUGCUUUUUGAAGCUUCAAAGUUCUGGCCACCAUUAAUUUGCAUUAAAUCAAGUAAAUAUUGAGGGAACUUUCAUUUUUGCAUGAACUGCCCUUUUAACAUGUUCAGUGUAACAAGGUUGCAUUGUUACUAAUUUUCUUUGUUUUACAUUUUUCAAAAUACUAAAACUUUGUUUAUUUUAAAGCUUAAAGUUCACAUUUUGCACUUUUGUUUACUUUUAUCAAUGAGUACUUUUAAACCCUUUCUAAAUCUGUUCAUCAUUUCAAAUAAGGGCACAGAAAAACAAUAACAAUCCUUGAAAAGAUCUGAGGGAACAGAAAACAUUAAUAUUUUCACAUACAAUUCACACAGGGUGUCUGACUGGGUUUAGCUUGUUUGUCCUUUACAUUCUUGUAGAAAUAGAUAAUUUCAAGAAAACAUGUUUGACUGGCUAGUGUGAAAUGCCACCAGAAACAUGGAGCUGUUUCACAUGAAAUACAGAGAGAUAAGGCAAAGUCAGACAAAAACAAUCCCAAUGCUUCUGAAUUAAGUUACAAAGUUUUGUGAGUGACAACCGCAUUUAAAAAAAAAUAUUCCAUGUAUGCAUGGAAUACAGGAAUCACUCCUGAAAUAGCAAUUAUUGAUAUAGUGAUCAAUCCAUAUACAACGGUUUGGCAUCUUGCUAUUUUAAACGUACAGUUAUCCACUAGGUAGAUUUCAAGUAAAUAUGGAUGUCCCUACCUGAAUUUUUCAGGAUUUAAUUCAGUUGUAGAAUGUUAUUCUCACUCCCAUAAAAAACGAAUUCUGUGUGUACGGAAUAUAAUUGUUUGAGCACUUCACAACUGUAUUUAGCUGCAGUAUAGACAUGGCCUGAUUCAUCCCUGAGUCCUUAUCUCCCUUUUUUCAUGAGUCUGUAGCAUUGCUCCACCUCAUCUGCUUUCCUCCUUGUUUUGAGUUGCUUAUUACUCUUUCUUCCUCUUUAACAUCCCUUUGACAUGUCCCUCCAGGCUGCUGACUCGGCUCUCGAGACUGGCUGCCUUCUCACCACUGUUGCUUGUAGCGACUCCAAACACGGCACAGAUAAGCACAAGUAGUGUCAGUCUCAUUAAGGUGGUAUCUGGCGAGGCAGUGGGGUCAUUGACGAUCCGUAUGAAGAGCAAAAGGACUAUGAUCAAUUUAAGCAGCCAAAAAACCCGCUUUAUGAAUGCCACAGUGACCCGCAGCAAGACAGACAGGAUCCAAUAACUAGUCAGAGUCAGCAGUGCCAAUUUGGUGACGGUAGAAACG